AUGGGGGACUCACACUCAGAUCAAAGCUCCGAGGACUGGGUAGCUACCAUCGAGAAGGAGGUGAAGAAACUGAGCGUCAAAGGUACAUAUCAAAAGUCUAUGCCCGGUCCCAGCUAUGUUUGCUCACGAGAACCUUCAGAUUCCAAUCCAGGAAAGGCUCAAGAGUACGACCUCUACGAACCAGACAAGCCAACCACCCCAACGAAGAAGGUUCGCAUCAAGCUGGAGGACGCCAGUCCCAAGCAGGUUGUUCGUCCAAAGUCUGAGAGCCGGAAGGACAGUAAGAAGCCGGUGAUGAAUCGGACGAAACCUUACUACUCCUUCACCACUGUCGCCGAUGCCAUCCAGGCGUUUGCAGUAGCUCUGAGCCACGACCGCGGCACCCUUCUUGGCGAUGUUCUGCACAACUUUCGCCCCAACCCGCUCGAGCUCACUGCCAACGACGUGCUGAGGGUUCGCUCCAAAGCUGCGGAGUUGCAGACGGAUGACAUCUUCGAAAAGGUCAACUUGACUCUCGUCCAAGCCGUCAUCCCGAAGGCGGUGGUCAAGAAAGAGAGUGAGUAG